AUGGGGACAGCCAAGGGCCAGCUGAGGGCUUUAGUACGUGGAGAAGUGCACAUUCCUGAUUUUAUACAAGACACGUCCAGCCCCAACCCUGGGGACCUGAUUGAGAUCAAACGGCAAGGUUACCAGCACUGGGCCCUCUGUGUGGGGGGUGGAUAUGUCAUCCAUGUGACAGCUGCAGGGGCCAGAGAGGAUCUGCCUGCCUGCCUUAUCUCCUCUCUGCCCUCCCCAGAUGAAAAGGGUCCACCCAGGUCAGACCCCACUGAGACAAUACUCACUGGAAUGGCCAAGGUGAAGAAGGAACUCCUGGAGGAUGUGGCUGGAGAUGAUGAAUGGCGUGUCAACAACRUGUAUGACUGGUACCACUUUCCCCUCCCAGUGGAGGAAAUCAUCUGGCGUGCUGAGGGUUACAUUGGCAAGGAGGUGCCAUGUGUUGUGUUUGGCAGUGACUUUUAG